UUGGAGGCGGCAAUUUAUUCGGAAGUUCUGUCGCUUAAUAGCUGGUUCCCUUUUUUUUGUGUGUAAAUUUAUAUUUCAAACCAUCGGAAUAAUCUGUGGGAAUAACUAGUAAUGCUUCGCAACACAUUUAUGUGACCGGUUUCCCUCGCUGACUGUGGCUGGUGAUGGCUUUAUAGCCUCUCUGGGUUUGAUAAGUCCUUGAGAAGUGGCGAGCACACACAACUUAUCAUGGGCCCGCUCGCAACUCCAAAAAAAGGAAGAGAAACACGGUCUGUUGAUCCAUGGACGCCAACAUCCAACCUCAAAAUGCUCAUCAGUGCUGCCAGUCCGGAUAUCAGGAACCGUGAGAUGGAGCUAUGUCCAGAUCCCAAACUGCAAAAGGUUCCUGAUUCAACUCAGGACGUUGGAGACGGAGAUGAGUCUGAGAGAUUGAUCAGCAGAAAGGAAAAAAGUCUGGGUUUGCUCUGUCACAAGUUCCUCGCCCGCUACCCGGAUAGCCCUGACCCGACUCACAACAUUGACAUCUGCCUGGAUGACGUGGCCACGGAACUGAAUGUGGAACGCCGCCGCAUUUACGAUAUCAUGAACGUGCUGGAGAGCUUGCACAUGGUGAGCCGCUCGGCAAAGAACCGCUACAUGUGGCACGGACGGACCAAUCUGGCCCAGACGCUGGCCAUCCUGAAGCGGGUGGGCGAGGAGCAGAAGUACGGCCAGCAGAUGCAGCAGAUCCGACAGCGCUUCCUGGAUACGGAGUUUGAUUUCGACAUGGAGGAGAAGGAAAACAAAGAGGCGGCGGACUCGGAAAGUAGCGAGCACGGGCAGAAGGAGCUCUUCUUUGUCGAGCUUCCGGGGGUUGAGUUCAAAGCAGCGUCCGUCAACAGUCGAAAGGACAAAUCUCUGAGGGUAAUGAGCCAGAAGUUUGUCAUGCUCUUCCUGGUCUCCUGUCCUCCUGUGGUCAGCCUGGAUGUAGCUGCUAAAAUCUUGAUCGGAGAGGACCAGGGUGCAGACCAAGACAAGAACAAAUUCAAGACUAAAGUGAGACGACUUUAUGACAUCGCUAAUGUGCUGCGGAGCCUGAAGCUUAUUGAAAAGGUCCAUGUAACAGAAGAAAGAGGGAGGAAACCGGCAUUUGAAUGGGUCGGCCCAAACGACCUCCCUAAAGUGAAAGAUAUUGUGAGUUCCACUCCCACGUGUCCACCCAAUAAGACAAAUGUGCUGGAGUCCCGCUCUACUUUAGAAAACUGUGCCAAAAACCUCUUUUCGUCGCCCGGCACUAAGCGAAGCUUCACGCGACACCCGUCUCUAAUGAAGCUGGCCAAGAGCAUUCAGGAUGACCGGCGCAAGAUUAGCUCGGCGCCCAGUAGCCCCGCUAAGAGUGCCUUCAGUGACAACGACUUCCCGAGCAAAAUGGCCCAACUUGCUGCUAUUUGUAAAAUUCAACUUGACCAGGAGUCCGCAACCGGAGGCAAAGAUUCAAAGGCAGUUCCUGCUGAGACCAAAACAAUGCUUGUGAGGCUCCAACAGACCACUUCCAGCUCAGGGGAACCGCCUCAGGCAUCGAGCUUAAAUCCAAUCGAGGAUAUUCACAGCACCCCGCUGGCAUCCCAGCCCUCGGGCGGUGUAGCAUACAUCCCUGCACAAUGCUCACCCUUCAUCCCCGUCAUUUUACCUCAGCAGCAGGGGGGCGGAGCCUACCCCGUCUAUUUGCACGCAGCUUCUCUCAGGCCCAACCCUCUGACCAGACCACAUCCGACGAGCUAUGCCGUACGCUCGAUGACUUUCGAAGAGAAGACCGGGCAGAGCCCGACCGGCCCGUUAGCUACCAAGAACCAGUCCACCUUAAAAGUGUUGGACGGGAGCCCUCUUCUGGUCAAACGAGCGUGUUCUGAUCCAGCUGCAGAGAGCAGUCCUCCUAAAGCUAAGCGACUCAACUCUAACCUCAAGGACCCUUCCCCAAAUCAGUGCGACGUCCUUCAGGCUCGCCCCAAGAGCCGCCGCAGCUUUCAGCUCUCUAGCCGGCCCUCGCAGCGAGCCCUCCACCUGGAUCCAGAGUUCAUCAACACCCCCGGCGGCUGCGCCCAGGCGGCUCAGACGCUGGAGCAGAGUUUGGAGACCUUCUUGGAAAAGGACGACAAAGCGGCGACCUCUGACAGCGAGGCGGGUUUGACGCCCGUCAGAGCCGUCCCGCUCACACCUGGACAACCUAACGCCGAGGCUUUCGUGCCAACAGGUUAUCUGAUCCCGCUCGCCCAGUCGGUAGUCGGCUACAAGGACAAUCAAGGCUCAGCAGGAGACGGCAACAAAGCUUCUUCUCCUGCUUAUAUUUUCCAAACACCUACUGCAGGUUCCAGACCACCGUUCCAGGAAGUGACUCCUACCGGCCUCCGUCUUCACACUGCCGCCGCCAUCUCCCCGCACUCGGCCCAGCAACCCCGUCGCCUCCACAGCCCGAGCCCCGCUAUCAUCAACUUCACCCUGCAGAACCUGGGCCUCAUAUCCAACCCCAGCCCGGGGAACCCCUUCACCUCGCUGCACACUCCCGAGCGCUGCAGUCCUCUGGCUCUGCAGCAGAGAGGGAUGGUUUUCAUCAAACCUUUGUCGCCUGUGACCGUGCAGCAGGCCCAGCACUCCAUGGCCUUAUUCAGCGUUCAACAGCCUCUACUGACCACCCCCAAAGGACCGGGGCUCCCCCAGCACAGCUAUUUCCACACACCUGUCCCCGUCUCCCCUCUGGCCGCAGCAGCUGUCCCCCCCAGCGGACAACCGGCCACUAAAACUGUUUACAUCCCUCAAAGGAAACUAGACGUCAGUACCGAAGAGGCAUUUUGAUGUUGAAUGUGUGUUCUGGUGAAGGUGUGUGUGAGUGUGUGUGUUUUACCAAGCAUUUUCCUUAAUUUCCUUGUUUCAAUAUUUGACAGUACCGUAUUUUUCGGAGUAUAAGUCGCACCGGCCGAAAAUGCAUAAUAAAGAAGGAAAAAAACAUAUAUAAGUCGCAUUUUGGGGGGAAAUUUAUUUGAUAAAAGCCAACACCAAGAAUAGACAUUUGAAAGGCAAUUUAAAAUAAAUAAAGAAUAGUGAACAACAGGCUGAAUAAGUGUACGUUAUAUGAGGCAUAAAUAACCAACUGAGAACGUGCCUGGUAUGUUAACGUAACAUAUUAUGGUAAGAGUCAUUCAAAUAACUAUAACAUAUAGAACAUGCUAUAUGUUUACCAAACAAUCUGUCACUCCUAAUCGCUAAAUCCCAUGAAAUCUUAUACGUCUAGUCCAGGGGUCUGCAACCCGCGGCUCCGGAGCCGCAUGCGGCUCUUUGAUCACUCUGAUGCGGCUCAGCUGCAUACUUGCCGAGACUUCCGGAUUUCAGUGCCUCUCGCAGAAAAUUACCGGGAUUAAUAUUCUCCGAUUUUCACCCUUACAAUAAUAUUAAAGGCGUGCCAUAAUGGUACAGCAUUUAGCACCCUCUACAAUCUAUAUUAACUGCGUGCCAGCCCAGUCUCUUGUUUUAUGCAUCUUCUGCUUGCACACGUAAGUGACCUUGCUCAACAGCCACACAGGUUACACUGACGGUGGCCAUA